UAGAUGGCGCUGUAAUUGAUAUAAUCCGGUUGAACAUAGUAUGGCUGUUUAUUAAAGAACAGUUUGACGUAGACGAAAAUACGCCCACACGAACUGUCAGUGUGACAGCUAGAAUUGUGUUAAGUUUGGUUUGGUCGAUGUGAUUUAUUUUACCACUCAGCACAAGUUUUGCAUCACUUAUGGCGUUAAAUAAUAAGAUGUGAAGCAUGGAGCGCCACGGCCCGCCCGGCGUCAACUCGCGCGCGCUCAGCGCCGCGCACUCCGCCGCCGACCUCGAGGUGCUGAAAGAGAUAGAGAACGUCUAUUUCUCUCCCCCGAGCGAGUUCGACGCGGCGCGACACGCCCUCGAGAGCGCGCCCGACCCGCCCACCUGUGACGCCAUCGAGCAGAUGUUCACCAAGCUGAAGAGACAGCAGCAGGUGGUAUCCGGCAAAGCGUUGCACCUCAUCUCCCAACAACGCGACAACUGCGAUCGCGAAUUCGCAGAAAUCCAGAACAUUCGCGAACAACUCGUCACCACCCUCCACACCUGUCAAACCGCCCGUAACCACCUCCGAACCGCCUCCAACCAUCUAACCAUAUCCACCUUCGUAAUCCUGGCUAACUUCAGGAAGCGGCAGAUCAUCAGGUCAGUCCUCAAGUCUUUAGAAUUACUCAGGAGUUUGAGAAGUGUAGAAAAAGAUGUUCAGGAGUUGUUGGUUAAGAAGGAGUAUUGUGAGGCGAUUGAACUUAUUUUGAAGAGUCGGAAGGCCGCUGCGAAUCACAAAGAGUAUACAUGUAUUGCGGAUUUGGCCACAAGGUUACAGGAUACUUUAGACAUGACUGAAGAGAAGUUAGACUCAGUUUUAGCUAGUAUUUGUUAUAACUUCGAUGGGGAAACGUUUAGUAAGUUGAGGAAAGCCCAUGCUUUGCUUGGGAAAAGUCAAGCGGCUAUGGAGCAGCUACAUAUGCAUUAUUCUUCAGCAGUUAAUGAGACGUCUUUAAAAUCGGUUAAAGAUUGCAUCGGGGAAGUCUCCAUCGAAGUAAAGUUUCAAGAGAUGUGUCAAUCGGUACCAAAGGAUAAAGCCGCUAUUUGCUUUUUGAAUCUAUGCGAGAAUUUGUUUCUAAUCAUGAGAAGUUACUAUUUAUUAGUGAAAUGGCAUUCAAAACAUGAGGAUGAGGAUCUGCCAAGUUCAAGUGUGUUUGAAAUUGAGAGGAAUGUUAGCAGGGAGUAUAUUAAGCAGAAGUUGAAAGGAGGGUUAGUGAGAAUCUGGCACGAUGUGCAAGCAAAAGUGUCGACGUUUCUAAAGAGUGCCUAUAUCGAAGAUUUUGCUUUUGAGAAGUUUAUUCAGAUACUCGGUAUUUUGAGGCGUUUAAUGCAAGUAGCGGAAGUUUUUUGCGGUGAUAAAUCAGAUAUUCUAGAGGAUUUUAUAAAGAGUCAUAGUGUGUCGUAUAUCAAGAAUUAUCACAGAGGACGUAUGGAUGAACUGAAGUUAUUCCUUGAGAAUGAAGGAUGGGAACAGUGUCCUGUUAAAUCGAGUUUCACGUUGCUAAAUCUGCAAGAGUUUAAAAAGUUUAAAAAAUACCUGAACCCUAAUUUUGACACGUCUAUAUCCAAAGUCAGCACACUAUCUGAUGGGACGUCAUCAGUACAUUCUCAAGACGAUAGUGUGUAUAUAGCAAAAUACUUCAACCAGAAGACUACUCAUACUCCCUUUGAGAUUUUCCGAAGCGAAAAUGUAACUAAUGAUGAUAUAUUCGGUUUAGAACCUGAAAUAGACGGUAGUGAUACCUCUGAUGAUGAACCAGAGGAAUUAAAGAGAGAUUUCGUCGAUGACGACGCUAAAAGUCCGUCGAAAGUGAAACAUUCCGUCAUAGUAACUAACACAACAUUAUCAGUCUUAAGGAACUGCGGGCAGUAUUUGCAAAUCUGUAGAUAUCUCCCGCAAAUAUCUUUAGAAGUCGUCAUGCUCAUGAACCAGCUUUUCGACUUCUAUUUCUACACUGUACACCUAUUCUUUACUUCCGAUCUAGAUGUAGCUUCAUCUACUUUAUAUACAUCAAAGUUAACAGCCACUUUAAAAAGAAUAUCCAACUCUAUCGACACAUCUAAUUCAGGAGAUUCAAAAUCCUUUCUUUGUCCAGAAAUACCUCAGCAUUUAGACUUAUCUUCUGAAGAGUAUCUCCAUGGUUUAAGCGAGCGGAUAGUGGCAGUCGAAAGCGUCAUCUUCCUCGCAAAGCAAUUUGAGUUCUUACAGCCGUAUUUAGAGUCCAUAGUCGCUCAACAUCAAAGACUUGUUUUAGAACAUUUUAGAGAUAACACUCUAGCCAGUGCGGUGGAUUUAAGAAUGCCUGUGUAUAUGUGUUCUGCUUCCAAAGCAGUGGACGCUAGAACAACUUUACUGGCAAUGUCUCAAGUAAGAUGGGAUGUUAAAAAUGUAGAGGUAGAAAACAGUCCUUAUGUAGACGUGAUAACCAGAAAAAUUCAAGUGUUUGCACUAAGAUUGGAAAAUAUAUCGAAGAAGGUUACUCUAAACCUUGAAGUCAUAAACUCAGUUUGGGCGAUGGUGUCUAAAUUCAUCGUACAUUUGCUGGUCGAAGGCUUUUCUAAUGCUACGAAAUGUUCAAACGGAGGCCGUGGGCUUAUGCAACUCGAUUAUAGACAGUUAUUUGUUAAAAUCGAGAAGAACUCUGGUCUUAAACCUGUUCCGUACCAAGAGUAUGUCGACAGGUAUGUUAAAGCGUACUAUUUGCCAAGAAACGAGUUGGAAGUAUUCAUCAGAGAUAGAUUGGAGUAUUCGAACAAGCAUUUGUUGGCUUUGGUAAGCUGUGCUUGCGAGAAUAAGAGAGACAGGCAAGAAUUGACUGCGGUUAUAGAGAGGAGAGAUACUUAAAAAUAUCAAAAGUCGCU